AUGGAAGCCUUUAUGCGGUCACUGCAGCAGGAUUUUGAUGAUGCCGUUGGUCGUGCGGAGUGCGCUGAAAACACGAUGGCGCGCCGAGUGGAACGUGUGGAGGAGCUUCUUAGGUUCUCUGAGGCAGAUGCGGCCUUACGGGAGGCUGCCACUGUGGAGCGUAUUUCGGAACUUAUUGAUUCGUUUUGUGGUUAUGGCUCUUCUGAUGCGAUGAUGGAUGCGCGUGAGAAUUUUAUUGCUUCUGCGGCGUUUUUGUACAGCCAGUUUAUUGGGGCAAAGGUUGACUGUAUGCUUGGUGCUUUGGGCUGCUCUAACGGUGGUCUUGUGAGUGUUUNUAAAGCUUCAUUUUGCGAUUUUGUGGGUGAUGAUGGUUCCCUGUGCGGUUGUGUCUCAGAAGUGUCUAGCGAGUUGGCCGUUAAAGAGAACCAGAUUAGAUAG